GCGGGGAUGCACACUCCCCCCGCCUCUCCUCCUCCGCCCCCUCCGCCUCCCGGCCCUCCUCCUCCUCCUCCUCCUCCCGGGGAGGGCGUGCUUGGCAGACGGCGCGAGGGGGAGCGAGCGAGCGGGCGCUGCCGGGAGCCCGCAGCCCUGGCGCCCGCCGCCGCCCGGAGCCCCGCAAUAUGCCGCCGCGGCCCGCUGGCUCUCGGCCAUGGCGAGGCUCUGCCGGCGCGUCCCGUGCACCCUGCUCCUCGGCCUGGCCGCCGUGCUCCUGAAGGCGCGGCUGGUCCCCGCGGCCGCCAGAGCCGAACUGAGCCGCUCCGACCUCAGCCUCAUCCAGCAGCAGCAGCAGCAGCAGCAAAAGCAGCGGGAGGAGGCUGAGGAGGAGAGGCCAGAGGUGCCUGGGGCAUCCUCCACCGUGACUGUUCCAGUGUCUGUAUUUAUGCUGAAAGUCCAGGUGAAUGAUAUUAUCAGUCGUCAGUACCUGAGUCAAGCAGUUGUAGAAGUGUUUGUAAACUACACGAAGACGAAUUCCACAGUAACUAAAAACAAUGGUGCAGUGUUGAUCAAAGUACCCUAUAAAUUAGGACUCAGCUUAACUAUUAUUGCUUACAAAGAUGGCUACGUGUUGACCCCCCUGCCUUGGAAGACCGGAAGAAUGCCAAUAUAUUCAUCAGUUACACUUUCACUGUUGCCACAAAGCCAAGCAAAUAUAUGGCUAUUUGAAGACACUGUUUUAAUUACUGGAAAAUUAGCUGAUGCCAAAUCUCAACCAAGUGUUCAGUUUUCAAAAGCCUUAAUUAAACUUCCUGACAACCAUCACAUAAGCAAUGUUACUGGCUAUCUUACAGUUCUACAACAAUUUUUGAAAGUGGACAAUUUCCUGUAUACAACCGGAAUUACUCUCAAUAAACCAGGUUUUGAAAACAUUGAAUUGACUCCUCUUGCUGCAAUAUGUGUGAAAAUAUAUUCAGGAGGAAAAGAAUUAAAGGUGGAUGGCUCUAUUCAAGUUUCUCUUCCCCUUCUACAUACAAAUGAUAUAAGUGCAGGGGAUCGAAUACCUGCUUGGACAUUUGAUAUGAACACAGGUGCUUGGGUAAAUCAUGGCCGGGGAAUCGUAAAGGAAUAUAACAGUCAUCUAAUUUGGACAUAUGAUGCACCACAUUUGGGCUACUGGAUAGCAGCUCCACUUCCAGGAACUAGAGGUUCAGGUGUAAAUGAAGAUUCCAAGGACAUAACUGCCUACCACACAGUGUUUCUUACAGCCAUAUUAGGUGGAACAAUAGUCAUUGUCAUUGGAUUUUUUGCUAUACUGCUUUGCUAUUGCAGGGAUAAGUGUGGUACUCCACAGAAAAGAGAAAGAAAUAUCACUAAGCUUGAGGUUCUCAAGAGAGACCAGACGACUUCAACAACACACAUAAAUCACAUCAGUUCAGUCAAAGUUGCAUUAAAAGCUGAGGACAAGUCACAGUUACUCAAUGCCAAAAACUCCUCAUAUAGCCCUCAGAAAAAGGAACCAUCAAAGACAGAAGCGGAAGAAAGAGUUUCCAUGGUAAAAACUCGGGACAAUUUUAAAAUCUACAAUGAAGAUGUUUCAUUUUUGUCAGUCAAUCAAAAUAAUUAUUCGAGAAACCCAACGCAGUCUUUGGAGCCCAAUGUAGGAUCCAAACAACCUAAACAUAUUAACAACAAUCUAUCUUCAUCUUUAGGUGAUGCUCAAGAGGAAAAGAGGUAUCUCCCAGGGAAUGAGGAGGUGUAUGGGCGUUCCCACAUUCCUGAGCAGCUUAUGCAUAUCUAUAGCCAACCCAUUGCCAUCCUUCAAACAUCCGACCUCUUCUCCACUCCAGAGCAGUUACAUGCUACUAAGUCAGCUACUUUGCCAAGAAAGGGACAGUUAGUCUAUGGCCAGUUGAUGGAACCAGUAAACAGAGAGAACUUUACACAGACAUUGCCCAAAAUGCCAAUGCAUUCUCAUGCACAGCCUGCAGAUGCCAGGGAAGAGAAUAUCAUACUUGAAGGUCAACAGAGUUUGCCAUCCCAGACUUCAGAUUGGAGCCGAUAUUCGAACAGCUUACUGGAAUCCGUCUCUGUUCCUGGAACACUAAACGAGGCUGUUGUAAUGACUCCAUUCUCAUCGGAACUUCAAGGAAUUUCAGAACAGACCCUCCUGGAGCUGUCCAAAGGAAAGCCCUCCCCCCAUCCCAGAGCCUGGUUUGUUUCUCUUGAUGGAAAGCCAGUCGCGCAAGUGAGGCACUCCUUUAUAGACCUGAAAAAGGGCAAGAGAACCCAGAGCAAUGACACAAGUCUGGACUCUGGGGUAGACAUGAACGAGCAUCACUCUAGUAGAAAGCUUGAGAGGGAGAAAACAUUCAUCAAAAGCAUGCAUCAACCCAAGAUCCUUUACUUAGAAGAUUUAGACCUCAGCAGCAGUGAGAGUGGAACCACUGUCUGCUCCCCCGAGGACCCCGCUUUAAGGCACAUCCUAGAUGGAGGGAGUGGAGUUAUUAUGGAGCACCCUGGGGAAGAGUCCCCGGGAAGAAAAAGCACUGCUGAAGAUUUUGAAGCCAAUACAUCCCCCACUAAAAGAAGGGGCAGACCACCACUAGCCAAAAGAGAUAGCAAGACUAAUAUCUGGAAGAAGCGAGAGGAACGCCCACUGAUCCCCAUAAAUUAACUCCUAGGGUGGUUGUGUGUCUGCUGUCUCGUGCUGUCUAUUCUUGCUCCUUGUUGUAAAUUGCAGUAUGAACUUAAGAAGCUGAGACUGAGCAAUCUCAUGGUCCCUGGACAUGUCUCAAGCAGAGUAAUAGUGAAAUGGUAAUGCAGUAAUCAGAAAGAUACCAAGAGACCUAUUCUUUUCAUUUAUUUUUGGGUGAUGAAUCUGAAGUAUCCAAGUUUUCAAAAUGUAAAAUGGCAUCAAGAUAUUAUCUGACAAUGUUGCUCGAUCAACCAAUUUAGCCCUGCCUAUGUUAAGAAUAACACAGUGAAACAUGUACUACUAAAAUUGCUUACAAAAAGGUUGCCUCUGCCUUGGUGACUACCCUAUGGAACAUUUAGAAAUGAAACUGUCUUCUUCAGGUAUCAUGUUUGUGAAAUAUUAUUAUUUCCUCCUCUGCCUGUACUUGAGAAUUACUUGAUACAUGUUCUGGACUGAUGUUUAUACUGGAGUUUAAAACCAAACAUUUUCUGAGAUAAACAGCAUGUGUAUUAUGUCAUCCCAAAAGUAAAUCCUACAUUCACAUAAGAUGAGCAAGAAGCUGCUUGGUCAUUAGAGAUGGAGACACCAACUCUUUGAUUGUUUUUGGAUAUAAUUUCACAGAAUAAAUAAGAUGUUAAUUUCUUAUUUCAAAAUUUGAGAAAUGAAUGUUCCGAUACUGAAUUUUUAUUUUAAAUUUACUUUUUUUCUACCCUUCAACAAUCUGAAAAAAACGUCUGUGACUUUAGGUUAAGGCUCACUGAUACAUGUAGGCUAAAGUCAGUUUUAGUAUAUUUCCUCUAUUCCAAAAUCCCAAUCUCAGUCAUUUAAAGGCUAUCAAGUUAAAAAAUAAGAAAAUCAAUGAUCUGACAAUUUUUCAUGAACACCAAAAAGUUAACAAAAUAUGUGGAGAUAAACAUUAAUUUUUUCCCCUGAAAUGUUGAUGGGCAGAAAAAGAAAUGCCAGUUUUCUGAGACUUGAAAAUACCUUCAGGAUAUUAGUUCUACAUCAGAUGUUGACAUUCAUAAAAGGAGUAUGAGGAAAAUAGUUUCAACUUCAGGGGAAAAGUAAAAGUUUUUCCUUAAGUCACUGAUAACCUUUGCAACAUUUUUUUCGGUUUUGUACGUAAUAUAUCCACAUUCUUUUCAUUAUAGCAAAGAAUUCAGUGUGCAUACAUUUAACAGCUGUUUUUAAUUGUGUCUUCAACUCUGAAUUAUCAUUGGUAUGUCCUAAAAAUGAAAGUUUAUUGUUAAGUAAAAUCAACUCAUCCCAUUUUUCUUAAAAUUUCCAUGAAGACAAAUAUCUGAAGCACUUUUCCCUUUUUCCCUUGGGGGAAAAGUGAAACUAAAUUGAUUUUUCAUCCCCUAUUAUUCAAAAUGGGAGCAACAUAGAGACCCAAACCAGGCAAACAAGUUGAAAGAACCAAAAUGGCCACAUUAGCUUUAGUAAAAUUGUAGAUAAAUGUACAAUGAAAGACAACAGCUUUCUUCCCUAAGAUAGUAGACUUCAGCAAUUUUUUCUUAUAACCACUUCUGAAACAUGUCCUGUCAGGUAACUGUCCUACCUUUCUAUAUUAACCCAAAGAACAUAAAGACCUAGGCAAAUGUUUGCUAUGUAUUACCCCAAUCCAUAGAAGAAAUAAACAUUUUGUGUAAUUCCUAGGCUGCUGCUUUUUAUCAUUAGAGUAGUGAUAAGGCUCACCAUUAGAUGAAGCUUCUUAUUAGUCUUAUACAGAAAGAUACAUCAAAAGCAGCAUGAAUGAAAAUGAUUUGGAAAAGGUUAAAAAGUUAGUACUCUGCUGAAGUGCCUUUGAUAUAGACCUGCAUUAUUAGAAGGAUAUAAUAACAUCUUAUGUGUGCAUUUUCUGUUAGCCAGAUUAUACAGAUGUGCAGUUUUAUUAAGAAAUAGAGUUAGUGUUUCAUGUUGGAACAAUGAAUUUUGCAUGUAACAUUUCGCUUUUGUGUGUUUAAUCCUUUUUUGAAUCCAGUAUAUAUUGAUAAUUGUUUAUGUUGGAUUGAGUUAGAAACUAUAUAGCAAAAUGUUGUACCUCCUCAAUAUUUUUAAUGUAUAUAUUUUCCCACCUUUAAAUAAAAAUGUUUCAUCUCAGCUUGGUAAUGAAAUACACAGAUUGGUAUAAGGGUAUACCAUUUUACCAUUCAGGUAUGGCAUUUAUUUUAUUCAUUCUUGUGUAAGGGAAAUGAGACUAUGUAUCCCAAGGGCUUUUCUAGAACUACUUGUUUGGUUUCAGAAUAAAACUUUUUUCUUUAUACUGCACAUGCUGUUCUCAAUUGGGAAUUAUAGGCAAUUUAUCUUUUCUAAUGAUCAAAAGAAUGUGACUUCUCAUUUGUGUGUAGUUCACAGAUUUCCUGUUAAAAAGCUGAAGCCAUCUACUUUUUCUUAACCCAAAAGUGAUAAAUCAAUACUUACAACUUUCUUAAAUUUUUAAAUUGAAAACCAAUACAAUUUUUCUGCAAAUGGAAACCUAGAUAAUUUUAGUCACAAAUUGUUAACAUUUGUGGAUUAUUUGUAUAUACUUUGGAUAUACCUUAAAGGCAAAAUUGUCUCAACUGAUGGAUUCAUUUACUAAAGCACAGUUAUAUGUAUUUUUGAAUACAUAAUAUGAUCUUGAGAGUUUGUAAAAUCAAUUUUUAUGACUUUAUGCAGUUAUAUAGGGAUUAUACCCUUUUAUAAUACAUAGUAGGCCAUGAAGAUCACAAAUGUUGAUGAAUAAAAGCACUUCCUUUGCUUUGGCAAUCAUUUUCAGAUCAUUUUCUGUGUGUUUGAAUCCUCUGGUAUCAAUAUGUAAUAUAGGGUUUUAGAGAUCUGUGGGUCAAAUUAUGUCCCUCAAAACUUCCCAGAAAGAUAAAGCUCAAAGUUACAAAUUCAUUUACAAGGUGUGAGUUACUCAUUUCCCCAUGUGCCAGCAUUGUAAAGGAAUUCAGCUGUAUUAAUUUCUGUUUCAGACCUAGAGUUGACAUUUUGCCCCUUGUUUCCAAGUGUUUCUAUCUUUUGUAUUCUUUCAGAGAACUCUCAUAUUUCAGCGUAUUUAUUGAUGUUACUGCUAUAUUUACUGCUGAAAACUGUAACAAUCUGAAGAUUUGUAAAAUGUUAAACAUAGUUCAUUAAAAAUAAUAAAGUAAAUCUAAAAUGUA